CUAAACACAGUUCCAACAGACCGGGUCAAAAAAAAGUGCCAGCAGACGUGGAACGGAUUGAAAACCACUGUCGACGCUCCGCAUUCGCACUGUUAGAAAAAUGACCGAAGACAACUCGUGGGUUUUUGAUUCCUUGGUAUGUUUUCUGCACGGACCGGUUUGGAAUGCACCUCUUCAAACAUUCAUCGAGGAUAAAUCGAUAAUUUUCGAUCCAAACGUUAGCUCCGACCAGGACAACCCAGAAUUCCGAAAGGUGCAUGACGAGUAUAAAAAUCUGGUUGACUACAUGCUCGGCUCGUUCAUGGAGGAAAUGCAAAUCACGCCGGAGCAGUUCGAGUUCGCCUGUCUGGAGGGUCGGAACACAGCGGCAAUGGAGCAAUCGACGGCUACUGCAGGAACCGGGGAGGGUAGACCGGGUGGUGGCCACACGUUUUCCUUCCAUCAAGGAUUGUUCCAGCAGAUUUGGGCUGCCAACGAUAUUCGAAUCUUCAUCCGCAUGAUGACGCAGCGCAAUGUAGAAAUUCAACUGCAGGCGCUGGACCUGAUUGAACGACGGCAGGCUUCGAUGGGUGCCGCUUCGAUUGAGAAGGAUGAAGACAAGGUCGAGCCGCAACCGGAUGAUCAGUCCACGGGAGAGGUGAUUCAAGGAGGAAAUGAUGGCGAGCAAGCGGACAUGACAGGUGAUUUGGCUGCCGAGGUCGAAAUGGAGCAAGCUAUUAUGAAGUCGGUAGAUGAAGAAAUUAAGACCGAACCAUUAUUUGUACCACCGCAACAUGAGCCACCAAAUAACGAAAGCGAAGAUGUUAGCGAUAAGUUUAAACGUCUCAACCUAUUUUUUGUCCAGGAUACGGUAAACAACGACGAUAUGCGCACCCGACAGGAAUACCUGCGGUCUCAGCGGGAUAAGAUUCUUCAACUGAAGAAACAGGCCCGAGCUCGCCAGCUGAACGAAACCAUUAAGAAAAGUGAGCGUCCAGCUUCCGCUCAGGUAGCCCAAAAGAUUCUGGAAAACGGAACGGCCGAUGGUACCGCUCCGCCGGAUCACACAGGUACAUCACUGCAGCUACGGAAAAUGCUUGCCCAACGUCUGCGAAGCGAAAUUGUUGAGCAAUAGAUUGUACACAGAGCAAAAAGAUCCGGACUAUUGUGUUUGUGUUCGUUGUCUGUAUGGUCAUUGAACCUGUGAAAUCUUUAGAUACGCUGCUUUUGUGCCAGUUUGAUAAUCAUUGCUUUACAAAUUUCACACAGCUUAAGCAUAAGAAUGGAUAAAGGCUCGGCUUGAAUCCAAGGCAGAUCUUGUUUCGUGAAACCUCGGUCCUUAAAUUGUAAUGUAGAAGUCGGAUGGAAACAUCUUUUAAGCCUAUGCUAUUAAAAUGGCUUCACCAUGCCGAGUUGGAUUUGAA